AUCGACCUGGAGGAGAUCGAUCGGCUGCUGUUUCGCGCAUCCAGGGACCAGCUGUGGGUGCCGCCGGGCGGCCGCGGCGUCUUCGGUGGCCAGAUUUUGGGGCAGGCGCUGCACGCGGCGACGCGGGCCGUCGGCGGAGGCUGGGGCGUACAUUCCCUGCACGGCUACUUCCUCCAGGCGGGCAACCCGCGCCACGACGUCAUCUACCGCGUGAAGGAGACGAGCGAGCGGCGGUCGUUCGCGACGCGGAGCGUCGAGGCGCUCCAGGGCGGCGACAUCAUCUUCAAGAUGCAGACGUCCUUCUCCGUGCGCAAGCGCGACGCCGCGCCGCAGCCGUCGCACCAGGACGACAUGCCCGCGGGCGUGCCGCCGCCGGAGUCGCUGCCGUCG